ACCCCGGAUAUCAGAAUGAAAUUGUGGACGCCAGAAAUCUCUUGGCACGAAAAGCUAAGAAUUCUCAGUCUCGAUUUGUAUCCAAAGCCAAUUAAAUGCGGUGAAUCAAUUGUGUGGAAGCUAGCGACAGCCGGAGCGGACAAUGACGUGAAAAUAUGGCACGUAACCGUGCCAGGACGCAGUCUCGAGUUUCGAGCAAGUCUUGAUAGGCAUAGCAACGCUGUGAACGUUGUCAGGUUUUCACCCAGUGGAGAAUUUCUGGCAUCUGGAAGUGACGAUUGCUCGAUUAUGUUGUGGAGAUUCAGUGAGGACAAACCUGUACAGAAACAGACUCUGAAGGAUGAUUGUGAGCCGAAUAAAGAGAAUUGGUCUGCCGUCAAGAUUUUAGGAGGUCAUGCUGUUGGUGUGUAUGAUAUUUCAUGGUCUCCUGAUUCAAAUUUUAUGAUAUCUGGUGCUAUUGAUAACCGAGCUAUUGUGUGGGACGUCAAGAAAGGUAAAACGUUGCUAACCUUUUGUGAGAGUGACAGCUAUGUUCAAGGUGUUGCUUGGGAUCCUAGACAGCAAUACGUGGCGACUCUCAGCAAUGAUUCAUCGUGCAGAAUCUACUCGUUGAUAUCCAAGCAAAACCUGAUUCAUCAGAUCUCUAAGUGCAAUCUGGGAAGAGAGAACUUUGAUGAGAAGCUUCUCAAAAUGUCAUUUGAGGGAUCGACGUUGGGCAGUUUCUUUAGACGACUUACUUUCUCUCCGGAUGGUUUACUGUUGAUUGUACCAUCUGGUAAAAUUGAAAAAGAUGGCUCAAGUUUCAAUGCAACGUUUGUGUUCAACAGAGCAUCACUCAGCAGGCCUGCUGUAUACCUUCCCAGUCCGGGAAAAUCUACCAUUGCCGUUCGAUGCUGUCCAGUCUUCUUCCAACUGAGACAAAAAGACGUGAGCGACAACUGCAAGACAUUAUUCAAAUUGCCAUAUCGGAUGGUCUUCGCUGUGGCCACACUAGAAACUGUCCUACUCUACGACACACAACAGACGCUGCCCAUUGCAAUGAUAGGAAAGAUCCAUUACGCUCCAUUAACGGAUCUCACUUGGUCUACAAAUGGUCAACUGCUGGUUGUAUCGUCAUCUGAUGGUUACUGCUCGCUCAUUGAGUUUGCAGAUGGAGAACUAGGCGUCCCUCUAACGCCUACAGAACUCCAACAGAUUAACAGCAACACAACCAUCUCUGCACCUGCAAAUGCAUGUAACCCAGUGAGUCAGCAGACGUCGGGCAUGAAGCUUGAGAAAUCGGUUCUUGCGACAAACGCAACACAAGUGUAUCCUCAUGUAGUUGCUACGGCAAUUCCUGGAGCAGCAACAAGCGCUCAACGAGCACCGACUAUGAAAUCUUCGGAUCAUGCAGCAUGUGGAGUAACUCUGAAUGAACCGUAUGUGAAGAGGGUAAUACAGGAGUCUACGAUGCCUGUUUCUAUGGUUACCUUACUCCCACCCAUUGGCCACACCCCCACACAACCAACUCAUGUUUCUGUGGUUACCUUACUCCCGCCCACCAGCUACACCCACACACAACCGACCAACCAGUUAUCAUCCCUACAAGUCAGUGAUCAUGAUGUGUACACUAUCCCAAUCAAAACUGAAUUGCCACAGCCGACGCCGACGCCGGGAUGGCACACACCAAACUCACAACAACCAGCAAACAUGGGCAACGCAACUCCCGACAGUGGAGGUCAACUCAAACCGCGCAGGCUGCCAUUAUCUGCCCUCAAAGCUGUCUGA